CCCAAAGAUCUUUUCUUUCUUCAAUGGUGUGUUUUCCAUAGAUGCCACUGAUGAAGAUUUCCAAGUUUGAAAUGUGGCAAUUGGAACUUGAUGAUUUUCUUGAUGGAGGAUUUGGGUUCAAUGAUGAAAGCAAACGAUACUUUGUGUUGCUGGAUGAGGAUGAAUUGAGUGGUUCUGAGGAGAUUGAGGAUCUUUUGAGAUGGGCAAAUCUUCAUCCGAGAGAAGGUUUCAUCCUCAACCCAGUGGCGAAUUUAUGGACUCAGCGUACUGAAGAUUCACAACCAUCAAUUUCAAAGGCUUUGUUUGAUGUUGAGAUCCAAGAUACUUUAGUUUCGAACAAUGUUGAUGACUGCAGGACCUUUGAAUCUGGAAAUCUUGGAAUACAAGAUGGUCUUCCAAAAUCUGAUUUGGUUCAUUCCUUCACUGUGCCUGAUAGUAUGGCAGUGGUUGCAUUCUCUGCACCUAUUACACCCGAACCUCAGAAGGCAGCAUACACUGCUUCAAAGAAAACAGAUUCCAUUUUGAAGUUACAAACGGAGGAUAAGGCAGUAACCUUGGGUGAGGUUGUAAGGCAAACUGUUAUAGAGACGGAUUCUCCAGAAUACAAGGCUAAUUUGGCAAGAUUCACGAGGCUUGCAAAGGAAUACUCGAAACCAAAGCUUAUAAACCUUGGAGAACUCUUUGGAAGAAGUACUAAGAAAGAGUCUGCUACUUGUUACAAGGUUUUGAUAAGCCAUAAUACGGAUGAAAAGGGUGCUUAUGCUGAUUCAAGAGAUGCAAGUAAGGAUUCAAAUGCAAAAAUGGGUGAGGACUUUGUUCCAGACCCAAACAUUCUAACCUGCAACAAAUUCAAGGCAUUGGACGAUCCUGUACUUUUACAAAAUGAGGUAGAAGUGAAAGAAGUCCCAAGGUCGGGGCUUAUAAGGAACUCAAGGACCAAAAGAAGAAUCAUACCCGAGGAAGGAUAUCUCUCUUACUCAAACGAUCCUGCCACCGGGAAGUCCAUUCCCACGGACACUUCUAAAAGUUAUCAUGGCCGAGAUCAAAAUAGGGGAGUUAUCCAUUUGAAGGGUGAAAAUGCAGUUGGUUACUUGAGGCCAGCUUAUGCAAUCUUGAAGAACUUCUUGCAGAAGCUUGGACUGCAGGGGGAAUUUUCAAUUGGAACACUAUCCUUUAAUCAGGAGGCAGAAGAUGCAGCUAUUAAAGCACAGGAAAGGAUUGAAUCAUGCAACACAGAUGAUAACAUAGAGGCCUUUCAUCUAGCAAAUGCAAACCUUCUCAAGGCAUGCAAAACUGAAGAAAACUACUGGGCACAAAAUGUUAGCCUUGGUUUGCUAAGCCUCAUGUUUUGAUGUUAACAAACAAUAUAAGAGCUUAAGUGUUUUAAGUACAACAAGAAUCCAUUAAGAUUCGGUACUCAAGAAUGAAGUCGAAACACCAAACUAGCGUAGAAUAUAGGUAGAAACCGAUGUAAGAAUAUGACUUUAUAUACCUAUAUUCACAAGCUCAAAUGCACUCACAAAAUAUGUUUAAAACCAUCCCAUAAACAUUUUCAAAUAUC